AGCCAGCUUUGAGAAAAGCUCGACGAACUUUGUUCUUGAUAUGACUGAAUUGAGAGGAUCUGAAGACAGGGGUGUGUGACACGACUUGGUAUGAGUGACACAAACUUGGACUCGUCCAGUAGAUUCCCAAGUUUAGUGACCAAGGGAAGGCAGGCCGCAAAUGCAGCGUUUUGAGACAGACCCGCCUUUACUUAGUCCAAGUGAACUUGACACCGCUCUAUUCCCUUCCAAUGAAAGUUCUCCAAGAUCAGUGGGUGGAUUUCGUGAGGAAAGGGCUCUAUCUGGGGACAGAACCAGUCUGAGGGAGGGUUGUGAGUUGAUGGAGGAGAGGAGAGGAAUUCCAGAGGGUCUGGGUAUGGAAGGAGCUAGCGAUGGGGACAGUGACGACAGGCUGUCGGUGUCCAGUGUGUCAGUACUGACGGACUCACAACAAGGCCAGCGUACCGAUGACUUUGACCAUGCCACCAUGCUACAAGCAAUUGUGUUUAUUGAGGAUGCCGUCACAUACCGAUCAGUUCAUCACAAAGUUCACCCAGCAGCUCUUCACUGGUAUAGAAUCUAUUUCUCCUGGCCUGUACGAUGGUUUGUCACCUUUAUGAUUGCAUUGCUCCACCUACUGGCGUUCAUCGAGUUCCCGUCCUCACUUACCUGGUCGUCGGAUAUUCUCACCCGAGCUGAACGGAUUGUCCUGCCAUGCGGAGCCACAGAGGGACUUGAGUUCAUCUGCCUCUUUGUUCUCACCUUUGAUCUAAUUUUUAAAGUGUACUUUGUGGGGAAGCACCAUACGCUGCGCAGUAAGUGGUUACUGGUGUAUUGCGGCGUACUCAUUUUCUCUGUCAUUGACUGGGUUGUCAGUGUCAGCCUGGGAUGUACAGAGACUGUCAGAGUGAGACGAAUGCUGAGGCCAUUCUUUAUCCUUCAAAACAGUUCAUUAAUGAAGAAAACUUUUAACUGUUUACGACGGACAUUACCAGAAGUAGCCAGUGUUCUCUGCCUGCUGGCCUUUCACCUGUACGUGUUUACAUUAUUUGGAAUGCUCAUAUUUCCAAAACCUAAAAAUGACUUGCCAGUUGGUGGGAACGUGAGUAAUCUGGAGAUAGAUGAUUACGAUGUGUAUGCUUUUAGCUCAGCCAAUGAGUCCACACUAAAACCACCGGUUGAUGAAGGAAGCCAGUAUUUUCGAACCUUGGCAGAUUCACUGCUUAAUUUACUAGUUCUUUUAACAACAGCAAACAAUCCUGAUGUAACCAUGCCUGCCUACAAGGAAAACAGAUUGUAUGAGAUUUACUUUAUGGCUUUUCUUAUCGUCGGCCUCUACUGUUUUAUGAACAUGCUCACAGCUGUCAUCUACAAUCAGUUCAGAGGGUACUUCCUGACAUCCAUGCAGUCCAGUUUGUUCAGGAGGCGUUUAGGAAUCAGAGCAGCUUAUGAAGUGUUGCGACAGAGGAAGACUUCCUUCAGGCAUUGCUCCAGCCUUAACACCACCAGAGAAGGUGUAGAAAGCUUGUGGUUGAGACAUGUGGUAGAAGGGGCAGACCUGGAGCCUACAGCCAAAUUAGCCAUAUUACAGGACCUGGACUCCAGACAAGGAUGUCUGUUAAAUGCAGCUCAGUUUCAGGGUGUCUUUUCUGUGUUAGAUAAAGACUUAACCAACAGGGAGCACCCACCUAUUGUGUGGUCAACAAAACGCUGUUUCUAUGUGACCCAGGUUAUUGUCUCCCAUAAAUACUUCACCUAUGUGGGAAACUUGAUAGCAGUUCUCAACGUCAUUCUUAUAUCAGUAGAACUGGCCACCAGAUAUGACCAUUCUCUCACCUCAAGUCACUCUGCUCUUGGAGUGAUCAAUCUAGUGUUUAUUGUUUACUACUUGAUGGAGCAGAGUCUAAAACUGGCUGCACUCGGUUGGAGGAGAUAUAUUUAUAAUCGAGGAAAUAUAUUUGAUGGCCUUGUGACAGUUGUUUUAGUGAUUGUGGAGAUAUUUUACCUCGUCAGAUAUGGGACUCCAUUUUCUUCAAAGGAGGCUGUGAGUACCCAGGGUAUCCUGUCUCUAUGGAACAUUGUCAGAAUUAUCAACAUCCUCAUCAUGGUGAGACUGUUCAGGAUCAUCCCACACAUCAAGGCGAUGACUGUUGUAGCCAGUACUCUUCUAGAUUUGGUCAGAAACAUGAAGUCAUUUGGAGGUGUUCUGGUGGCUAUUUACUACAGUUUUGCGAUUCUGGGCAUCGAACUUUUUGACGGCACAAUAACUGCAGACAUGAAGAAUUCUACCAACAGGACACGACGUGUCUACGAGUGUGGAACAUACCAGCAACUGGAUUAUUGGGCCAAUAAUUUUGAUGACUUUGCUGCAGCUAUUGUAGUAUUAUGGGACAUAAUGGUUGUCAAUAACUGGCAUGUAUUCCUACAUGCUUACACCAGUGUAACUAACAGAUGGUCAAACCUAUACUUCACAUGGUGGCUGCUCUCUGUUGUCAUUGUACUUAACUUAUUCACAGCCAUCAUUUUAGAGAAUUUUAUCAUGAAAUGGACCGAAGUCCAGAGCCAACGAGCGCGCAAUAGAGCUCAGUCAUUUGAGGAAUCCACGUACUUAAUGUCUGUGCACGAAAUGUUCCGAGACAGUUUAAGGGAGCCAGCUGAAAACGAAUUACUCGUUGAACUUCGCCAACAUCGCUUUCUUAAGCUGGGAAGGUGAUCAGUAAAACAUCAGUGGAAGCAGCAAACUGAUUUAUGAAUUUUGAGAUUAUUUUGUGAUUUUAAAUUUUAAUGAACAACCUAUUUUGAAAAAUAUUCUUACAUAUUUCUUAGAAUGUUUUUUUUUCAAUUAAAAUGCAAACAGUUGAUGUUCUUUGAUAUAUUUGCUAUUCAGAAUGGAUCAAAACAUAUACAUAUUUUCUGCUCAGGUAGUUUUAGCCUUUGAUUUUUGUCUUUCCAAUUUUAUGAAGUAGGGUUUAAAAACAGUGAUGAUGAUUGGCUCAAUACCAUAAUGAAUUUUGUGUCUGUGUGUAAAUUAAUAGUUUUAAAAUAAAUACAUCUUUUACAUGAGGUGUAUUCAUUUAAAAAAAUACACAUGUUUUGUUAUUAAAAAUUAUGUCCUACAAUUUAAACUGGCUUUGGGGUUUGGUUGUUCUGGUUUUGUUUUCAUGGUUGGUUUAUUUUGUUAUUUAUAGUUACAUGCAGCUUGCAUAUAUCUGUAGUUUGUUUAUGUAUAUAUGUUAUUUGUUUCCGUGAGUGUUCUUUUGCUUCUUUGUUUUGAGUUUAAUACAAGAACCUUGGUUAGUUUCAGACAUGUUCCGGUGGGUCUGUUUCAACAUUUUUCUUUUUCACAGAUAUUGCACUUUGACUGUCAUGCAUGCAUAAAUGCAAGAGUUUUAGUAUGUACCAUAAUCUUCUAAUUUUUAGUACAGAUAGUAGUAGUGCUGAAAACAAAGAAUGGGGAACUGGUAAAACUGCUUCUUACAUGUAUCAAGACAGUCCAAAGCUGUGGACUUAUUUGUUUUUUCCUUUAUUACGUCAAACUUCUCGGUGUACGUGUGAUCAGAAAACAUAUAUGAAGUACACAUGCAAGUUUGAGGUUUUACUUUAACUUUGCCAGUAUUGUCAUCUGUUGUGGUUGAUGGUUAUCUUAGUUUGUGUUCUUGGAAGCAGUUUUAAUGUGUGUUUUAAUUCCAAGACCAUACAUCUGCAGCCAUUAGUUAGGAAUGCUCCCAACAAUCAUGGUUGUUCAAACUAUUUUUUUUUUACGCACAUUUAGUCUGAUUUUUGUUUUUGUAAAGUUUACACUAUUGUAACAGAAAUUUCAAGGAUCUUUUCUCCUUUUUUGUUCCUCAUACAUACAAUCGGUAUUUUUUCUUUCAAUAUUGUAUUUCUAAGAGUUUGAUGCAUGUGUACCUGACAAAAGAUGCAUAAAUGUGUCUGCAUGCUGAACAUACAUGUAUUUUCUAUGCAUCUUACACUUUCCAUCUUUAUGGAUUAAGUGUGGUUUACAACAGCAAUCAUAAUUGGCUCAGUAACCUAACAAAUUGUGUACAUGUACUGUAUGUGAGUAAACUAUGGUUUUAAAGUAAAAAAAAACAUAUUUAACAUGAAAUAUAUUGAUUUUACAAAUGAAAACUCAAAUAUUUUGUCUUUAAACAGUACUGAAUCUUAAAAUUUAAAAUAGUUUCAUUUUGGGUACUGAUUGCCUGUAGGCCCUUAUAAACUUGUAAUUCUUCUCAUUUUUAAGAUAGGAAUCAGCAGUGCUGAAAGCAGAAAACUUACAUUCCUUCGUCUUUUUCGGGGAAAAGUGAAAAUAUGUACUUUGUAUGUUUAUUAGAUGGACAAACCAUAUGAGAAAAGAGAAACUGCAUAUUCCUGUACAUUUACAAUGGUUAAAGGAGCAGACUAUGUCCAAAACGUUAGAAGAAUUACAGUACUUCUUGUAACAAUAGCUUGUUUUUUUUCAUCUUACAAACUACAAAGUAUUGUUUGUUAGUGAUGUACCAUGAGAGCAUUUGUCACAUCAGUUCACUAAGUGCCUGUCGUCUUUUGACAUAUGUAAUAUGAUAUAAUUAUUUUAGGGUUGUUACACACCAAUCAAUCAUUCAGUCAAAUUUAUGGUGGAUUUCAGUUUGUGUUAAACCUAGCUGCUAGUUAUUAUUAUUUUGCCAAAAAUCCAGUUUACAUGUGUUGGAAUCCUAUUAUCAGAGUUUGUGAUUUCCAAAAUUGUCCUCAUUUAAGUUUAGAGCAGUUUGACAUUAUGAUGAAGUUUAUUAAUUGAACUUUGGGUUUCCCUUGUGUUCAGAUAGAAAUGGAUCCUGCACCAAAAAAAAAAAAACCAUUCAUGUUGCAAGGAUUUGCAAGAAAUAGUUAAAGUGUAUUGCUGUUUCAUCUGUAACAAAUACUGCUUUGUACCAGUGCUGUUAGUUAAUACAUCAGCAUUACUAUUAAGUUCUACCAAUUAUUCAUCACUGUGUAAUAAUGUUUACUGUGUAUUGCCUAUUUUCACUGUGUAUUCAUAAAAUUCUUAACAGAAAAAUAUUAUCGGUACUGGCAAGCCAUGUUAUAAAAGCAAUAAAUAUAUUUUUAUCCAUAGGUUCCUGUUUUCCUCUUUGUGUUGAACCAUCAGGAAGAAAGCUGAAAUGUAUCGAGCUUCUACUUUGUCAGGGAUCAGAAUUAAUUUUAAUAUGUUUUAUCCCAGGUUUCCCAUUAAGCAAAGGCUUUUUAUUUUAUACUAACUGCACCUAACCAUU